AUGAAAAAGUACGAUAAAAAAAAAAAAGAUGAAGAAGAAACAGUAAUAGCAAAUAACGUAAAAAAGUUUAUAUUUAAAAAUGAAUAUAAAUAUGUAGACGCAACAAAUAUUUUGAAAACUAUUUUUUUAAGAGACAAAAAAAAAAAGGAACAAUCAUCGAAAAAAGUAACACCUGCAAAAAAGUAUAUUGUUAAUAAAAAGUUAGAUGAUUUCAUAUAUUCUAAAAAAGAAAAUACCAAAUUAAAAGACAUACAAGAAAAAAGGGGUAAGGAAAUUAAUUAUACAAGUGUAGAUAAGAAACACUUGAAAAAAAGAAAAGGUCAUCUGCAGAGUGAAAUUUAUAGGAAAUAUGAUAUACAUAAAACAAUCGAUUUCGAUAAAACUAAAAGGCAAAACAUUCCUUUUAAUUUAAUGCAAAAUAUGUACGCCAAAAGCAAAAUGAGCGCGGUAGCUGGUAAAAUUAGGAAAAAGAAAAUUUACUGUUCUUCCGAUAGUUCUGGGGAUGGUCAGGAAGAACAAAUGGAACAAGAAGGGGAAGAAGAAGAAGGGGAAGAAGAAGAAGAGGAAGGUGCAGAAGAGGAAGAAGAAGAAGAAGAGGGAGAAGAAGAGGAAGGUGCAGAAGAGGAAGAAGAAGAAGAGGGAGAAGAAGAGGAAGGUGCAGAAGGGGAAGAGGAAGCAGAGGAUGGUGCAGAAGAGGAAGGUGCAGAAGAGGAAGAGGAAGCAGAGGAUGGUGCAGAAGAGGAAGAAGAAGAAGUGGAAGAAGAGGACGAAGUGGAAGAAGAAGAAGAAGUGGAAGAAGAGGACGAAGUGGACGAAGAAGAAGAAGUGGAAGAAGAGGACGAAGUGGACGAAGAAGAAGAAGUGGAAGAAGAGGACGAAGUGGACGAAGAAGAAGAAGUGGAAGAAGAGGACGAAGUGGAAGAAGAAGAAGAAGUGGAAGAAGAGGACGAAGUGGAAGAAGAAGUGAUAGAGAUUAAAGAAGUUGGUGAAGAAGAGGAAGAAGAAAUGGAAGGUGAUGAUGAAAUAAUUGAAAAAGAUAAUGCAGAUAUAGAAGUGAUAAAGGAAGAGGAGAAAAAUGUUAUAGAAGAAGCAGAGGGUGCUGGUGAUGAUAAGAUCGACGACCUCAUAGAAGAGACAGAAGAAGAAAAUGAAGUAGAAGUAGAUGAAGAGAACGAGAUAGAUGAAGAGAAAGAGGUAGAUGAAGAGAAAGAGGUAGAUGAAGAGAAAGAGGUAGAUGAAGAGAAAGAGGUAGAUGAAGAGAAAGAGGUAGAUGUAGAGAAAGAGGUAGAUGUAGAGGAAGAAACGAAUGGAGUGAAGGAAAUUGAGAUAGAUGAAGUAGACGUGAGGAAAAAGCAAGGGGGAAAAGAAGGUAUUUUAAAAGAAACAGAAGAAAAUUUUCUUAUCUUGAAAGACAAAAUAAGUAAAAAGAAUUUAGAAUAUAUCAUACUAGUAAAUAAAGUUAUGGAAUGCUUAUUAGAAUAUGAUGAUUUUUAUAAUCACGUAAAGAAUAGCUUAAAGAGGUACUAUGCUGAUAAUAAAUUAGACACACUUUAUAACUCUCUUCAUGAGAGUACAAUAAAAAAGGAUGAUAAUAAAAAUGAUAAUAAAAAUGAUAAUAAAAAUGAUAAUAAAAAUGAUAAUAAAAAUGAUAAUAAUAAUAAUAAUAAUAAGAAUAAUAAGAAUAGUGAAAAUCCCUGUAAAAGAAAUACGUCCAUAAGAAAUAUAGCUGGCGCAGAAAUUAGUCAUACUAAUGAAAAACAUUCAAUUGAAUUAAAUUGUCAAAAAAAUAAAUUAAAGAAAAGCAUUCAUGAAGUGACAGGCUCAUCAGUAGAAGAUAAAUAUAGUAUAAUGGCAGAAAAGGAUAUAAAUAAAUUUGAAGAAAAUAAUACUAUAAAUCAAAAAGAAAAUGAUAUAAAAGACGAAACCGAAAUGACUAUAAUUAACAAUAAUACAUAUUAUGUAAAUAAUAAAACUUCUACGAAGGAUGUGAAUGUGAAGGAUAUAAAUAAAAGUUCAAUUAAAAUAAAACAAAAAGAAAAUAUUCAAAAAAGUGUUGAUAAUAAAGAAGAUAAUGAGAUUUAUGCAAAGGAGUGUGAAGACAAAAGUGAAAAUGAGAACGUAAGUGAUGAAGAUGAUGAAAACGACAGUGGUAAAAUUGAUAGCGGUAAAAGUGAUAGCAGUAAAAGUGAUAGUGAUGAAAGCAGCAGUGACGAUAACGACAGUAAUGAAAGCAAGAGUGGAAAAAGCGAACGAGGAAGUGGAAGUGGUGGAAGUGUAAAUUACGAAGAUGAUAAUACUCGUGGUAAGAAGGUUGAAAAAGAUGAAAGUAAUCGAUACGACAAUGCUGUUAAAGAGAGAAAAAGUGAUAAGACAGAUAAAGAAGAGGAAAGUGACAAAGACAGACGUAAGUCCAGUACAGAUGACUCAGUUCAAGAUGGAGAUGAAAAAGAAAAAGUAGACGAAAGCGAGAAGGAAGAUAUAAGUGAGGAAGAAACAGAGAACGAAAGCGAAAGUGAAAGUGAGGACAAAAGCGAGAGUGGAGGAGAGACAGGAAGCGAGAACGAAAGUGAUAAGAGCAGUUAA